UAUUAUGUAUCAUAUGUGUCACUAUAAUGCUGCUUUCUGUGUAUGUAAACAGCAGGAAAAAUAAGUAGGGCACACAUCAAUGUUUUUCUCUGUAAAAAAAAAACAAAACAAAUCUGUAAUGAGACUAAGUAUCUAACUAAGUGUUGGAAAUGACCCAAGUAAUUCACACUCUGAAACAAGUUGGAACAUAACGGUAGCUUUUGGGGAAAACCCCAUUACAGAUCUGUCCCCGAUCUGCUGGAUCGAACGUCUGCUGUAGUUCUUUUAUAGCUAUUUUGCCAAGGGUUGUACAGUUUUUUAAUUCAACAUUAAUUUAUUUUUUAUAAGUUAGGAGCAACUUGACGAAAAUGUGUUUCAUCUGUUCACAAAGAGUAAUACAAUAUUUUACAUUUCUCUGGUUAUUAAUCCAGACAGAAUACCCCUUCAUGUGAUUAUUAAAUAUCAGGUAUCCUGUAAUUUAUUCGUUUAAUAUUUUGCUAGUUAUGUCGUUCCAUUUUCCAGGUGGUGUUUUUUACCGUGUACGAUCCCCGACUCCAAAUCACUUCAGAAAGAAAUGGGAUAUGUUCGACCCAUCUGCUCCUUUUGUCCUUUAUAGUUUUGCUUGUUCUCUUCUAAAAGCGUCCAGUUUCUUCUCAUGUCCCUCCUGUGUUUCAUUCAUUGGAUGCUCCUUGUCUGUCCUUCCCGACUCGGCACUCUUGAUCCUAGAUAGUUGGAUGAUGGUGACUUUGGAGCCUCGACUCGCCACGUCUUUUACUGCUGCAGAUGCGUAGUUGCAGACGCGUGUGUUGUUCUCGUAAAGUACGAUCAACUUGACUGGGGAUGGGGUCUGGAAUUUGAUCUACGUUUCUCUGAGGACCCGCUUCGCUUCAAGGUGUACAUGUCGAUGUUUUAGCAGCAUGUCUGGGGCAUAGACAGACAUGCUGCUAUGCCCCAGUCUAUUACUCUUUCCCUGCCAGCAUAAAGCCUUUCAUUUUGACUAUAAAUGUGGUGAACUUGACCCAGGUCAAAUAAUGUUUGAAUAUCUAGUUUGUCUCGGAGUAGGAUCUCUAUGAAGGCUGACAGAGGAAGAGCCGUCCUCAGAGCCUUUUGCAAUGCCAUGGAGCCCUUUGUUUUCCAGUCAGCUCAGUUAGUUCAGCCUCAAGCUCAUCCUGUAAUUCACUUAGCUUCAUAGCUGACUCUUCAGUCUGCUUCCAAAAUACAUCCAGUUUUUGGUUGUUUUUUUUGUUUGUUUUUUUUCCCCCUCUUUAGCUUCUCGGAAGCCCUCUACAUUUUCACGAUGGGAUUCUCUCAGUUCUCGGAGAACAGUUUGUAAAUUAGCUGUCUCGUCAGCUUUGUCGUUAGCCACCAGUAAUGCUUCCACGUCCGAGAGGCUAGUCGUGCAUUCGUAGUUCAUUUCUUCUUCUUGUAAAAUCGACUGUCAAAGACAGUAGAGCUUGUUUUUAUUUGGACUUAGGCACUGUGACUCACUCAUUAGUGUAUUUUAAAUGCUGCAUAGAAACAGGAGAUUUUUAGAAUUUGUCGAUGAGCCACUUGGCUAAGCUGUCGCCAUCUUGUUUGCUCAUCCGGAGGUCAAUUAAACAUUGUUUUAAUUGAUUGCAGCUGGUAAUUAAUUCCUAUAUCACAUUAUUAAGAAAACUUAUGAUAAUGAUGUUGCGUAUCAUUAACCCACAUUUUCCUUAGUUUUCUGUAUGUCUUGAUCAUUUUUCUGUUCUCUUAUCCAGGUAACUAUAGUCUGUCACUUUUUAUUUAAAUACAUUUAAAUGGUCUGCAUGCAUGUAUGUAGAUUCAUUUUAAAUAGGCUACACUUAACUUGCAUAAUUGUUUUUUAAUCAUUUUAAUUUGUAUUUUGUAUAGAAAUGCAUUCAUGACUUUUUAAUGAAUCAUAGUGCUUUUUUUCCCCUUUACUUUUCAGUCCAUGUUUUUUGGGAAAACAUUAUACAUACCAUAUUUUCUAGCUCUCUGUAAGUUUUAGCAAGAAGUAAGCUAAAUAUGUCUUUCUGUGGUGAAUUUCCAGUAAAGUUGUUAUGCAAAGUGGUGAGACCAAGUUUUUGGAAAUAAGUUUUUAGAAGAACCUUUCUGUUUGGUAACCUUUCCUAGCAUUUCCCUGUUUGUGUACAAUUUAUUAUUUUCCUCAGCAGGUGAAGAUGAGAGGGCAGCUGUGUGGACUUACAAGACUGCUGUGGCCUUUCCAGUUAAAUUAUCGGAUCCUGGAGUUUUGCCACCCUUCCUAGGUGUAACUAAUGAGCCAGUCCGCUUCACUGCCGCGUCAGAAAAAGCUGCAGCACCACCUGUUACUGCUGCCACUAAAUCUGCUGGAGAAAAGUCAUCAGCUGUCACUGCUUCAUCUGAUCUGUAUCAAAGCCAAGAAGAGGUUUCUCAGAUACUUGCUCAUGAUACUUUACCGGUAUUUGUACCAGCUGAAGAAGCUCCAGUCGAGGAACUUUGUAAAGGCUCCGUACCGGGAGACGUUCCUGCCCUUUCUGUGAGCCUGCAUGAUGUUGUAAAACCAAGUAUGGUUUCUUCUAGGCUUGGGGAUUCAGCAGCUGAAGAAAUGUCUUCCUCAUCAUCCAGCGACUCUGAUACAGACUCAGACUCAGACUCGGAGUCCAUUCCUGAAGACGAGAAUUUAGAGGUAGAAACUGAAACCAGAAGCUUUUCUUUGGAAUUGCAACAACCAAGUCUUCAAGAAUUGCAACAACCAAGUCUUCAGGAACAGAGAGAAAUUAAAGAGCUUAUAGUUAGUGGAGUGACUAAGGGCCUUCCUAAUGCAGAGGAAGCAGCAGAUCAAUCUGUAGUCCAGGCCUCCAGAGAUCCUUUGCGAGACUCAGCCUUCGAUGCCCUGACUGCUACAAAGAAUGCAGCUGAGCUUACCAGUUCAGAUUUGUCAACCCUUACUGCUCCUACCGAUGCCCUGUGUGAAGCUCCAGCUGUACCUGUGGAGCAACAUGAAGCUCCAGACAAAGCCCAGUCUGACUCUCUUUUAAAAGCAGUAGAUGCGUUUACAGAACUUGAAGAAGGCUUAGGUGAUGCUGGUGAAGAAUCGGGGGGGGAAACGUCUACUAUUGGGCCUGUACAGUCAAAAGCCGUCUCUGCUGAAGUAGCAGCUGACUGUCCAGCUGAAGUUGGCACCUCUGUUGAGCUGGAGGACUCUGCCCAGGUGCUAGUGGAAGCUACUGAAGAGGAGCUGCAUGCCGAGACCACUGCUGAACGGCCUGAGGAGUCAGCAGCAGCACCUCCGGAGCCUGAGAUAUCUUUUGACAACAGCACUUACAAAAACUACCAGCACCACAGCUACACCAGCUUCACAUUUGCAGACCUGGAUGUGGAGAUGGCCAAGUAUCGUCUCCCUCAGCCCUCGUCCGGAAAACCGUCACCCAGACACUAGGGAGUAGGUGGUGUGCACAGCGGUGGUGGCGGCGAUGUUGCGAAAGCAGUUGUUAAAAUGUGUUAUGAUUAAAGAAGUGUAUGAAAUUAA